GACUGCUUCUAGGAGAUGAUUUACUUAAACAUUAUUUACGUAUCCAGCUGUGCCAGGACGUGAAACUCAGCCCGGGAAACUGCAGUGGUUGGUAGAGAAUCGCCCUCUUCUUGGUUUCAAAGCUCUGAAUUACAUUUCCAUUUUUGAAAGCAGCCAGAAUUAAUCAUCUCAAUGAAUUUUAAUGGCGGAAAUGACACAAAGAUCAUCCAGCAUCUUAUCUGUCUACUAGUAUGGUGUCAAGCUGUAGAAACGUUAACAGAACUAACACAUUUGGGACAAAAUGUGUCUAUAAACUGUGAUCUUGACGAAAAAGAGAUUUAUUGGAUGCUACUAAAACUACCAAAUCGUCCAGUUAUGAUACUGCGGUUAUUUUCAACUUCACCAACUCCUUUUUACUACGAUGUAAGAUUCAGACUCAAAUAUUCAGUGCAACCUAAACAUCAUCUAUUCAUAAAAAAUGUCACUACGGAUGAGUUAGGCGUUUAUUACUGCAUGACCACAGAGGCACCUCCAAAAUUCAGCAGCGGCACCAGACUUCACAUCACUGAACCAACUAAAUUACCGGAGUGUCAGAAUCACACUGUGGUGAAGUAUAUUGAGCAGAAUCAUACCAUGCUGAAUGAUACUGACCAGAGACCAUGGGUGAUUGUUAUCAUCGUAUCUGGUUUGAUGCAUGGUGUUCUGGUCUUUGUGGUGAUUGGUUUUGUAUGUUGCUACUCUAGAGAAAACUUCAAACACCAAGAAGCAGAUUUAGAGAAAACUCUUCACAAACAAAUUAAGAAGCCAAACACAAUGUAUACCGAGGUGGUCUUUUCCCAGAUGGAACAAAACCAGUGCUUUUCAGCUGCAGCCCAAAUCGUAAACAGGAAAGCUUGUUCCUGACCUUGUAUCAGUGUGUUUAUUAUACCUUUGUUGUAAAUAUAAAUUUUCAUAAAAUAUACUUAAUGAAUAAAACAUAACUAAGAAA